GAGAAUAGAAACCGAAAGUGAAGUGAAGAGUGGAGCAGCAGGAAAACAGGGCCGCCUGCACCUCCUGCGCUUCUGGACGCAAAUCUUUCUGAUGUUUCUGCUGUAAAACGACUUUAACAGGACUAAAGACAUGAGUCGACUUCAUGAAGAAGUGGAGUUGGAGAAAAGCGUAAGGCGUCUGAGAGAGAUGUUUCACGGAAACAUUCCGAUCGACCAGGCAGUGUUGCUCAUGCGCCGAUACAGGAACAAUUACCAGAUGGUAGCAAAAGUAAUCAUUCUGAUGAAAGAGCAAGACCUGGACGACGAGGACAGAUGGUCUCUGGAGAACGAUCCAGUCGUAAAGAGCGUGAUCGAGAAACUGCAGAAUGAGGAAAGAGAAAAGGAGAAAAGAAAAGACAGAAACACAGGAGCCAGUAACGAUCCUAGGAGCUCUAAGCAUUCUAAAGCAAAUAAAGGGCCUCAGGAGGACAAAGAGAUAAAGGAGCUUGGGAAGAAACUGCGGGUCCUGCCACUAACAGAGAAGAAUAAGCGCAUGUUUGAUCGUGCGCAGCAGAACCAAAUGCCUUCCGUCGAUCACCAGUUCGCCUGCAAGUCAUGUGACAAGAGCUGGUGGAGACGAGUCCCGGAGAGAAAGAGGGUGUCUCGCUGUCGGCGAUGCAAACAGAAAUACGAUCCUGUGCCACCGGACAAAAUGUGGGGCAUCGCAGAGUUCACGUGUCAUAGCUGUGCUCGAUCUUUCAAGGGGUUUGGUCGAAUGGACGGAGGAUCACCGUGUUAUAGCUGCCACUGCAUUGUUAAGCCAAUACGCAUUCUGCCUCCGCGCAAAAGCUUAAUAGACCGGGGGGUUAGGAGAAGACACCAGCACAGCUGCCUGGCUGAGGACUGCUAUAACAGACAGGAUUUUUACGUUCGUGAUACAGAGUGUGUUCACCCAGUGAGCAGAAUGAAGAACGGUAAGCCUCAGGUGGUGAACCCCAGCGAUCCCCACAUCAGCAGUGGCUCCACAGUGAACACCUGCCUGAGUCAAGGCAGCCUGAUAGAGGAUUUGUACGACAUUAUCAUGGACGACAUUCAAGAGGAGGAAGAGAGCGACAAUGAUGAUGACUCUGGCAGCAGCACCAGCAGCUGAAUGAAGUGUCAGAGUCUGUGUCCAGAGCUUGUGUCCUUAGCCCUCAAUCGCUGGCCAAGAGACAAUUAGUUAUUGUAAAUUUUAUACAAUGUGAAAGAUGGCACACAUCUUAGUUUGAGAGAAGCAGUGACUUCUCCAGCAUUUUCAAAAACUUUAAAGAUUUUUAAAGAUUAAUUUGAGUGUUUCUGGCUUAUGGUUUGUACACAUGCUCUAAACUUAAGGGAACAGCUAAAUGUGUGUGAACUUAAUUAAUUGAUUUAUAUGAAAUGUUUUGUAUUGCCUUUAUUGUGGCAAAUAUUAUUUAUUUCCAAAGUCAGUUUAUAAUCUAUACGCUUGCCCAUCAAGGGCAGUUUAGCUCAGGAAAUUUCAGCAAGAUAUAGUGUGUGAUGUGUUCCCUAAUCAAAUAAAAUGCACCGUAUCAUUGUCAAACUCUGAAAACUUAGUUAACACAAUUCACUAAAGUGAAAUAGCCUUCAAAAUAGUCUCUAAUAUGUAGUUAAGUCAUACAUACAAGUAGAUGUUGAGACAUAUGAUUUUGGUAUAUGCAGCCCACAACAUAUAUUCAGUUUGCUUCUCUAUUUUAAUAACAUUUAAAGAUUUGCCUUCAGUAUGUGAAUGAAGUGGGUUUUAGCAUGUACAUACAUAACACUGUUUGCUUGGAGUGUACAUAUGCACCAAAGAUUUUAAACGUUUCAUACAUUUCGAGGUUUUAUGAAGACCACAGGCUUUAUACUGUUUUAUUAAGAGAGUAUUUAGCAAGUAAUAUAUGUUGCUACAGUCUUAUCUAUUGAAAAUUGUUUGGUCUGUUGUAUUUUUCAACAGACAUUGUUUUGUAUAUUGCUGUUCUUUUAAAAUGCACACAAUAUGCUAUACCAGCUGAAGCACAAAAAAGCCUUGGAGUUGUGUUAAAAAUGAAGCUCAUGGGCCAAAAUCUGGGUCUUUUCUCCAAACAGUGUAUGACUUCACACUAGGACUCAUAUUGUCCCAUAAACCAUGUACCAUUUGCUUUUAUUAUGGUAUAAAAUACAGAAUUAAUUGGCACUGUACUUAUGGUGUGUAUCACUUUAACAGUUCAAAUUCAACUUCAACAGCUCCGUAUUAAAGAACCUAAACAUGGA